AUGAAUGAUAUCGAAAAUGAUACAAUUAUUCAAUACUUUUCAACUAUUCGUCAAAAAGAACCAGACACAUCUGUUGCAAUUGCAGCCAUUCGUACAUUGUUAGAGGUUAUAAAGCGUUCAAACGCUGGUACAAUGAGUGAAUUAUCGACACAAUUAAAAUAUUGUCAGCAAUUAUUAUUGACACAAACAGAUUCUUCGAUACCGAGUGUCAAAUCGGGAUGUGAACUAUUUUUAAGAUUUAUAACACUGGCAAAAUUCGACACGUUCGAUAUUGAUGAAUGUCGUAAAAAAUUAAUUGAACGUGGACAAUUGUUUCUUGAUCGUACUCUAAAUUCGCGACAACGUAUAGCCGAGUAUGGCCAGGAAUUUAUUGUUGAUGGUAGUAUUAUAUUGACACAUUCCUAUUCUCGAGUUGUUCUAGCUCUACUUAAAUAUUCAUCAAAAUUUUGUCGAUUUCGUGUGUUUGUAACCGAAUCGAGUCCAGAUAAGACUGGUUUACGUAUGCGUGAUGAAUUAGACAAAUUAGGUAUUCCAUCAAUUUGUAUUUUGGAUGCAUCUGUGGCGUAUAUUAUGGAACAAGUAAAUUUUGUUUUGGUUGGCGCAGAAGCAGUAGUAGAAAGUGGUGGUAUUAUCAAUAAAAUUGGCACAUUUAAUAUGGCUGUAUUGGCAAAAGAAAUGAAUAAACCAUUUUAUGUUGCCAGUGAAUCAUUUAAAUUUGUUCGUUUCUACCCAUUGAAUAAUCGUGAUUUACCUAAUCAUUUUAAAUAUAAAGCAUCAACAAUAGCGCGGUUGGGUGAAAAAAACUUAGAUAUGGAACAUCCACUCGUCGACUAUACCCUACCUUCAUACAUUAAAUUGUUAUUUACAGAUAUAGGUACACUGACGCCAUCGGCUGUUUCAGAUGAACUAAUCAAAUUGUAUAUCUAA